AGACAGACAGAAAAGUGAGAAGUGAAUGCAGCAGGUGAGCUUCUGUUGCUGCCGCUGUUGCUCGUGCUCUCUCUCUCCCCCUCCCUCCCUCUCUCUCCCUCUUUACCGCCUGUCGCCAGGUGAAUCGUUGUCCUCAGCGGAAACACACUGCGGGGAAACGUUACUACGGAGCGGACACGCACUCUGACGCGCAGAGACACAACGGAGCUACGUUGCUGUUGAGUGUCAGGCAGGAGGGAAAAAAAACCCAACAACUCUACAAAAAUAUAGGACAAAGACGGUGUUCAGGCUUUGGCUGGACAGUAGUUGCUGUUGUGUUUGCUUCGCGGUGGAACAGGAGUGAGUUCAGCAGCAGAGACCCGGGGGCUGCGGGAGGAGAAAGAGGAGGUGAAGGUGGAGGUUGUGGUCCAUUCCGCAGGUGCAGAGCAGGAUGGAUCAGUGUCCCGUCUGCUGUUGAUGCUCUUUUGUCCCUCAGUGUGAACCGAAGUGACCAUGAAGGACACGGGGGAGUCGAAGGACCAACAACUCACUGUCGCCUUGAGGAUACGACCCCUCAGUGAUGCUGAGCAAGAGGAGGCGGCUACAGCCGUGGCCCACAGGGUGGAUGAACAGAUGGUGGUUCUGAUGGACCCCAUGGAGGACCCAGAUGACAUCCUGCGUGCCAACCGCUCCAGGGAGAAAACGUACAUGUUUGAUGUUGCAUUUGACUACUCAGCCAGUCAGGACGAGGUGUACCGAGGUACAACCAAAGGACUAAUCGAGGGCCUCAUAUCAGGCUACAAUGCAACCGUGUUUGCCUAUGGACCUACAGGUUGUGGGAAGACGUACACCAUGCUGGGGACAGACAAAGAGCCUGGCAUCUACGUUCGAACCUUAAACGACCUGUUCCGUGCCAUCGAGGAGACCAGUGACGACAUGUUGUACAGCGUCUCCAUGUCAUAUCUGGAGAUCUACAAUGAGAUGAUCCGCGACCUCCUGAACCCAUCCUCUGGCUUUUUGGACUUGAGAGAAGACUCAAAGGGGGUGAUUCAGGUGGCUGGCAUUACUGAGGUGUCUACCAUCAAUGCCCAGGAGAUCAUGGAAUUGCUGAUGAAGGGGAACAAACAGCGCACCCAGGAGCCCACAGCUGCCAAUCAGACAUCAUCUCGCUCCCACGCUGUGCUACAGGUGGCUGUCAAGCAGCAGAGCCGCUGUCGAGACGUCCUGCAGGAGGUCCGCUUUGCACGCCUCUUCAUGAUCGACCUUGCCGGCUCAGAACGAGCAGCACAGACUCAGAACAGAGGUCAGCGGUUGAAAGAGGGAGCCCACAUCAACCGCUCCCUCCUUGCCCUGGGUAACUGCAUCAAUGCCCUGAGUGACAAAAAUGGCAACAAGUAUGUCAACUAUCGAGACAGCAAGCUGACUCGCCUUCUGAAGGACUCAUUGGGUGGUAACAGCAGAACUGUCAUGAUAGCCCAUAUUAGCCCCGCCUCUGUGGCUUUUGAGGAGUCUCGUAACACACUGACGUAUGCUGAUCGUGCCAAAAGCAUUCGGACACGGGUGAAGAAGAACCAGAUAAAUGUGUCAUACCAUAUUGUUCAGUACACAAACAUCAUCUCAGACCUGCGCUGUGAGAUCCAGCGGCUAAAGAAAAAGAUUGCAGAUCAGGCGAGUCGCCAGGUCAACUCAGACCGGGCUGACAUCCGCAAUGUCCAGGCUGAAGUUCAGGCCCACUCCAGCCAGAGUCAGGCAGAGAUGGAUCAGUUGAGGGAGCAGCUCCUGGAUGCCUUCCGCCAGCAGAUGGACAUCAGGAGGAGCUUGAUGGAGCUAGAAAACAGCAACAUGGAGAUCCAGAUUGACACCUCCAAACACCUGCUGACCAUUUCAGACUGGGAGCAGGAGCGAAGUAGGCGCAGGAGGAAGUGGCGUGCAGAAAGAAGAAAGGAAAGUGUCAAUAAGGAUGAAAGUGAGAAGGAUUCUGACUCCCCAGAGUCUCCUCCUGACAGCUCAGAGACCCAGGAGGUGGCAAUUGCCCGGCAACAUUUGGUCACUCUCAUGGCUGAACAGAAAAGAAUCCUUAAACAAAAGACCCUGCAUGAACGAAGGUUUCUGGAGCUUCGCAAUCGUGCAUGCCGCUUGGAGGAGCUGCUGCCCCGGCGGGUGAGCUCAGAGGAGCAGCGGGAAGUGCUGGGCCUCCUCUGCAAGGUCCACGAGCUGGAGAUUGAAAACGCAGAGAUGCAGUCCCACGCACUGCUCAAGGACAACGUCAUCCGCCAGAAAAACGUUGUGGUGCAGCGCUUCGAGCAGCACAGACACCUGUGUGAUGAGAUCAUUCAGCAGCAGAGACAGUUCAUUGAUGACCACAGUCUGCUGGUUCCCCCUCACCUCCAGGAGCUCUAUGAUAUUUACAUGAGGGAGUUGGAUGAGAGGAAGCUGGACAGAGCUAUGGCCCUGGAUAAGGUGACCACCAGACACUCAGUCAAGGAGGGCUCUCUCCCCAAGAUCGCUCUGCCCAGUCAUAGUCGUGACAACGUGCAGGAUAUGGACUCAGACCAAGAGAGUGUACGCAACAUGUGCCUUGAUAACAGACAAGGUCAAGCCAAAAUUCGCAGACACACCUUGCCUCCCAUUCUGCCCGAGUCUGAGCUGGACAAUAACAGGAUUUUUAAGAGCAGCCCUCAAGCACGGCAGAUUAAAAACCCAGCUGUAAUGACGCCACCUCCCAUCCACAUUAAUGGGAAGGGCAACAGAGAGCUGCAGCCACUGGCUCCUGAGAGUUCUCUGAGCUACAGCCAUCUCAGCCACAGUGUCAGCAGCCACCUGGACUCAUCACCUGAGAGCAGCGAGGCCAGUGCUGAUAUCCCUCUGUCAUGUAACGAGCGGCAGCAGAUCUUAAAGGGUGUCCACAGCAUCGUAGCAAAAGCAGCCCGCCGUCGCUCUAAAGCCCUGGAGUUGGAUGCCUUGCGUCUACCACCUCCUUCUUCUCCCCUGGACCCCAAAAAGCAGAAAAGCAGCCUUUCAUUAAGCGAGGCGCCCCCUAAAGGUUUGCCCACUCAGCAGGGCAGGCAGCCUAGCCCCGAGCUCAGACACGCCACCUCGGACGAUAACCUGUCCAGUAGCACUGGGGAGGGACCAGGCCAGCAGGUGACCUGGACACGCCCUCGCAACCGUCAGAUCGCUGCCAAGAACCAAACGCACAGAGAAGUGGACUUUGAGGCUCGCCGCAAGAAGAGGCGCUCACGCUCUUUCGAGGUCACUGGUCAAGCACUUCCUCAAACCAAGACAACUAUAGCUCAGAGGUUUCGCCCUCUGGACAGCACAUCAGACCCUCACCUCCACAUUAAUGGUCAUCCCCAGGCCCCCAUGCUGCGUCCCCUCUACAGAGGGGUCCCUCCUCUCGCUAAAGUCAGGGCUCCCCACACUGGCCAGCAAACAGGCUCAAAUGCAGAGUCAUCCACCAUCCACAUGAACAACCUGAAGCGAGGCCCCCAUCUGCGGCAGCCUCAGCCCCUCCUCUACAUCACCACCACGGGUACUGCAGGCCAGCGCACUCGGCGAUACUGAGCUUUCACCUGCAGUCAUCCUCAACACCAGCACUAACAUCCAGACCAGCCCAGCCUGACGGGGAGCACCGCCAUCCCCCCUGUGGCUGAUUGAAACAAACAGCUAACCGCUCAGUGACUGACGCCAGGCAAGAUUGUGAGACAGUAUGAUGGAGAUUAAGCAGACACAAGCUAGAUACGUCCACACAGGUCUCCUCUGUGCUUUACCGUGGACACUGAGUGUUGGCGCUGACAGGCUCUGUAACCUACAAGCCUACAGAUGCCAAAGAUUGCUAGACACCCAGUGCAUGUUCUGUUCUGUCCAGUGUUUCCACCCUAGCUUGCUGUUGAAGUGCUGUACGUGUUAUUGUGGAGCCAUGGUGGUGUCAAGCUCAAUAUGAAUGCAACACUGUACAAAUGUUUGUGCAUUAUGAGUCUAUAUAGUUUGGUAGUAUUCAGUACUUGUUGUGAAGGCCACAAACCAAGCUAAUGAGGGAUGUUUAUGGGGCUAAACCCCAUAAAUUGAUUUAUAUUUGCAUGAAGUGAAAAACACAAACAAAAGUGACACAAUAUAGAAUUUCAACUUGCAAAAGCAAUCAGCUUUGACUUCUUUCAAAGCCUGAGCAGGUCUGCAUCGCCUGCAUUGGCACUAUGUGACUUCUGGUUUUGGUCCAUGCCACAAAAAGAACUACAAAAUUCGACUUUACAGCAUAUGUCACAGCCCAAACCCCCCAUUCCCCCCUCCCCUUGCUUCAACAAGGAAACAAACAAAACAACAAAGUUAUACAGGUGGAACUAUUCACUGCCGCGACAUAUAUUUUACAACAGUUGUCACAAACAAUACCUUUUACCAACUGUGGGGGAACCCAAGAGCAAAUCCUACAUUGUGUUACUUUAAUUAGAGGAAGUUUAAUAAAAAUCUGAGGAUAUUACAAUAACGGCAAUGUAAAAGCUGUGCAAUAAGCACAAGCCCUACUGUCAAAAUGUUUCAGUAUCAAUAUUUCUUGUAGUAAAAUUGUUGAAACACUAAUAUUUGGGGAAAAAAGAAAGAUCAUCUUAAUGUCGUGCACUUCUACAGGUCUAUGCCUUUUCUGACUCAAGUCUGACUGUUGUUAAAUGUUUUGUGCUUGUUUGUGUAGAUACACAGUCUUUUCACAGGCUUUUCCACAGUAGCUGUAUGUAUUUUUAACAAAGUGUUUAACUGUUGCCUUUUCAUUUACUGUAUUUUGUUGUUGACAAUGUUUAUAUUUACUACUUUCUAUGCUUUAUUUUGUAUUUUUUUUUAACUUGUGCCCAUAAAUUAAAACGAGACAUGUUUAACAUUGUUUAUGCAAACCGA